AUGAAUUGCCGAUCUACGUCCGAGCGGAAACAAAGAGAUCUCGUAAGGCGAGUGGGUCUGAUUUCGUGGAAGAAGCAGAGUGAGAGGGAGAUUUUUCCGUCAGUGGCGUUGAAAACGAAGAACGAAACCAAAUUCUCAAAGCUUCGAAACGUCCCUGUAGAGAUCUUGGGAAAGAUCUUCAUGGUGAAUCUAUUGGUGGUACCUAUGGUAGGUUAUGAAGUAAUUUUAGGAAUGGAUUGGCUAUCCAUCCAUAUGGCUCAUUUAGACUGUAGGAGAGGAAGAGUUAUCCUGGAGGAGGGCCAUGGUAAUUCUACAAUAUACCAAGGGAUACGUCCAAGCAACGACGUGUCUUUGGUAUCGGCAAUGAGUGUGAGACAGCACUUGAUAGAGGGGUGUGCCUAUCUUGUUGCUAUAAGUGUGCUUGAAGAGAAGACUUCAAGCGAGGAGAAGAUCGAGGAGAUAUCAGUCGUCAACGGAUUUGAAGACGUGUUUAAGUCGUUAACGGAGUUACCACCACCUCAGAGUAACCCGUUCACAAUCAACUUAAUACCAGGAGCAGCACCAAUCGCAAAAACCCCAUACCGGAUGGCACCAGCAGAACUAGCAGAACUGAAGGCUCAACUGGAAGAUUUACUAGACAAGGGAUUUGUCCGUGCAAGUUCAUCACCUUGGGGAGCACCUGUACUAUUCGUCAAGAAGAGAGAUGGAAGCAUGCGGCUUUGCAUCGAAUACAGAGGAAUCAACAAUAUCACCAUCAAUGAUAAAUAUCCUCUACCAAGGAUUGAUGAAUUGUUGGAUCAACUAAGAGGAGCGAGUUGGUUUUCCAAAAUCGACUUAGCUUCAGGAUAUCAUCAAAUCCCCAUUAAAGACCAAGACGUAAUGAAGACGGCGUUCAACACUCGCUAUCGACAAUAUGAGUUCAUAGAUCGAGUCGGGGGUGUGAAAACUAGAUUUUUGGUAGAUCCAAACCCUCAAAUCUCUGCUCAUAUCAUUGCAGUAUAG